UGCCCCGGGCCAGCCCCGGGGAUGGUGUUGGCCUCGGGAGCCGGGCCCUGACACCGCGCUAAGAUUGAAAACAGCAGUAAUGCUAACUCUGGCAAGCAAGUUGAAGCGGGAUGAUGGUGUCAGAAGACCCCGUGCAUCCAAUCCAGCUUCUGACUCGACUCGGAGGGUGUCUGUUCGAGACAAGUUACUUGUUAAAGAGGUUGCAGAACUUGAAGCUAAUUUACCUUGUACAUGUAAAGUGAAUUUUCCUGAUCCAAACAAGCUUCAUUACUUUCAGCUAACUGUAAUCCCAGAUGAGGGCUAUUACCAAGGUGGAAAGUUUCAGUUUGAAAUUGAAGUUCCUGAUGCCUACAAUAUGGUGCCUCCAAAAGUAAAAUGCUCGACAAGAAUCUGGCACCCGAACAUUACAGAGACAGGAGAAAUCUGCCUAAGUUUAUUGAGAGAACAUUCAAUUGAUGGCACUGGCUGGGCUCCAACUAGAACGUUAAAGGAUGUUGUCUGGGGGUUAAACUCUUUAUUUACUGAUCUUUUGAAUUUUGAUGAUCCUUUGAAUAUUGAGGCUGCAGAGCAUCAUUUGCGUGACAAGGAGGACUUUCGGAAUAAAGUUGAAGAUUACAUUAAGCGCUAUGCAAGAUGAUGAAGGGAGAUGGAUGGCAGGACCAUGGCUUCCACACUAGAGUUGUCCUUGACUUCUACAACAGCAACAGCAACAAAACCAGCCCGGAUUGUACUAGUCCUGUGUCCAUGUUGUACUGAAGAAGAAAACUAACUUCAUAACUUGUCCAUGUUAAAAGGAGAGUUCAGCAUAAAUACAGCAAGAAAUUGUGUAUGUUGGUUGAAAAAGUUGUUUGCUUACAUUUAAAAAUGUUUACUCUUCUGAACUGUACUGUAUAUCCUGUUGAUGAGAGAUGCUUGAGAAGGUAAAAGAAAUCCCUAUUGAAAUUGUAAUUACACUUUUUUUUUUUUCUUUUUAAAAAAACUCUUGCCUAGUUUGGAGGGGGGGAGGAAGGAAAAACAAAACAACAAAACCAACCCAAACAACAAAACCCCCAAAGAGGAAAAGGUGGCUGUGGUUUUUGGAACACUUCCAGUUGGCAAUAAAAUGGUCUCCUGUGACCCAAAUGACAAAACUGUUGCCUUUGAUGAGCAGAGACAAUAGAAGCUUUGUCCCAGAGUCAUCAGCUAAGGUGCAGAGCUUGCCAGAAAGCACCUUGCUUAAUCAAGUUCUACUUCUGCUAUUGAAAUUCUGGCCAAUAUUUGAUGUAAGUACUACUUCUUUGGGUUUGUGGUUUGUUUGUUGUUUUUUUUUUUUAUUUUACCUUGUUAUUUUCAGCUCCUGUUUGAGCUGCAGUACUUUUUUUUUGUUGUUGUUCCUAUUCGCUGUGUGAAGUAGUUAAAAGAGAUGCAGGCUAAUCUGUA